UCCCUCCUCCUCGGCGGCGGCGCUGCUCGCCUGCAUUUCGUACAGGAGGGCCGGAAGUAUCGCCGCCGCCGCGUCUUGGCGCUGCCCGCCGAGCCAGAAGCACAUGCGCCCUGCGCGCGGCCCGGCCCGAGGGUGGGGGAGCGCCCCUUCCCUUCGCCCGCCUCCCGCGCUUUAAAGCGCUCCCCGAGCGCAGCCGCCCCGCCGGGCUCGCCUUGGCGCACCGACAGCCAGCGCAGCCAGCCCCGCGCCCGCCGCCCGGUCCGGGCUCGACCGGCGGAGGAAGCCUAGCCCUGCCCGCCUCCAGCCGCCCGCCGCCGCCAUGCCCAAGAAGAAGCCGGGGCCCAUCCAGCUGAGCCCCGCGCCCGACGGCUCGACCAUCAACGGCACCAGCGCGGCCGAGACCAAUUUGGAAGCCCUGCAGAAAAAAUUGGAGGAGUUGGAACUGGAUGAGCAGCAGCGGAAACGGCUGGAGGCCUUUUUAACCCAGAAGCAAAAAGUGGGGGAACUGAAGGAUGACGACUUCGAAAAGAUCAGCGAACUGGGCGCGGGCAACGGUGGUGUGGUCUUCAAAGUCUCACACAAGCCUUCUGGACUCAUUAUGGCCAGGAAGUUGAUUCAUCUCGAGAUCAAGCCGGCAAUUCGCAACCAGAUCAUUCGGGAGCUCCAGGUCCUGCACGAAUGCAACUCCCCUUACAUCGUGGGGUUUUAUGGAGCUUUUUACAGUGACGGCGAGAUCAGCAUCUGCAUGGAGCACAUGGAUGGUGGAUCCUUGGAUCAAGUGUUGAAGAAGGCUGGCAGAAUUCCGGAACAGAUUCUUGGCAAAGUCAGCAUUGCUGUCAUAAAGGGACUAACGUAUUUGCGAGAAAAGCAUAAGAUCAUGCACAGAGAUGUGAAGCCCUCCAAUAUCUUGGUAAACUCAAGAGGAGAAAUCAAACUCUGCGAUUUUGGGGUCAGCGGACAACUGAUUGACUCCAUGGCCAAUUCCUUUGUCGGGACACGAUCUUACAUGUCGCCAGAGAGACUGCAAGGGACUCACUACUCAGUGCAGUCAGACAUCUGGAGCAUGGGGCUCUCCCUGGUCGAGAUGGCCAUCGGCAGGUACCCCAUCCCUCCACCUGAUGCCAAGGAGCUGGAGCUGAUGUUUGGCUGUCCCGUUGGGGCCGAUUAUCCUGUCUCAGAGACAUCUCCCCGGCAGAGAACAGCAGGCCGGCCCAUGAGCACCUAUGGUUCCGACAGCCGACCACCUAUGGCCAUCUUUGAGCUCCUUGACUAUAUUGUCAAUGAGCCCCCUCCAAAGCUGCCAAGCAGAGUCUUCACGCCAGAAUUCCAAGACUUUGUGAACAAAUGCUUGAUCAAGAAUCCGGCUGAGAGAGCAGAUCUAAAACAGCUUAUGGUCCACAUUUUCAUUAAAAGAUCGGAAACAGAAGAGGUGGACUUUGCAGGCUGGCUGUGCUCCACCAUUGGCCUUAACCAGCCCAGCACCCCAACCCAUGUUGGCGGACUCUGAGCCGCUCACUCGUCAUGGUACAAAGACUCCGCCAGCUGCUGCUGCUAUGCAAUUUCCAUUCCACAGGGGAGGCUGACUUGGAACCGCUCACUCCAGACCCAUCGACGCGCAUCAGGGUUGGGGAGCAUGGCAUGUGGCACAUUGGUGUUCCCAGCCACCUCCCACUGUUUAAAGCCAUGCUGUUCUGGUUGCCCCCCCUCCCUUUCCCCCCCCCAGUCUACUCAAAAGUAUUUUGCUGUUCCCCCACCACCACCCUGUUUCCGUGCUGCGCCUUCUCAGCUUGUUGUACCAAAUUCUUUUCUAGGUGGAGUCCCUUUCGCGGUUUUGUGAAAACAGCUGUUGUGUUUGAUUCUUAAUGACCAAAUGUGACGCUUUGAGUCGCCAACCUGCAAAAUUGACGUGAAUGGUGGAUGCCCUUCCUUUUUGGGGAAAGCCUUGCCGGACCUAUUGCUGUCCCAGGCUUUACAGAGUUGUCCCAUGAGCCUUGUGUAGCUCAGUGGUCCUUUUUCGGCUUUGCUUAGCCAGUCCUGGCCAGAGCAAUUAGCGGGUGCCUUGAAUGAGACGGUCCCCAACAUGGAUUUGAUGCCACUAAGUUGACGUGGAAGUCAUGAAGAACCCCUGGGUCCUGAAAUGGUGGGAAACCAUUGGUGGGCUUCAGCCUGAGUAGAGGGUAUUUUUUUUCCUCCCACCUUCUGGGUCAAUAUGGACUCACCUUGUUGAUGCUUUUAUUUAUUUGCCUUGUUGGAUAUUUUGGGAUUGCUUGGUGCAGUGUUGCUCAACCUUGUCCACUUGAAUAUGGGUGGACUUCAACUCCCAGAAUUCCCCAGCCAGUCAUGUUGGCUGGGGAAUUCUGGCAGUUGAAGUCCACCCAUGUUCAAGUGGGCAAGGUUGAGCAACCCUGGCUUAGUGGCAUCCAUCUCCUCCAUCUUUUCUUCUUUUAAAGGGAUUAUUUCCCUUCUAGGCCGGCUGAGGUUAGAUAUCAUGAAAUUUGUGCAUCCUUUGUGUUGAAAACUUCUUUUAAUCAUUUUACUCUUUCAGAUGUCGAGCAACUGCAUCUUACAUUAAUAAAUGUCACAAAAUCAC